GCCGUUUUUAGUUUGAUCAAGCUGACAAAAAUAUUUUGUGUUCUCUACAAUAUAUAAAUUCACUGACGAUUCAUUAGCCCCUUUGUUUAUAUUUUUCUUUUAGUUUUAUUUUAAACGAAAAAAAAUCCUCCCAUCCACUCAAAUAAUAUGUCUGAUAUCGUCGUUCCUGGAUUCAAGAGUUCUGAACUUAUUGAUGCGUUAAAUAGAGCCUUUGAAAACUUCACUCCUGAAGAAAAAGCCAAGCUUAUCAAGCAAGUUAACGGUGUUUUCCAAUUCGUAAUCAAGAAUGACGAAGGAAAGGAAGAAAUUUUCACAGUUGAUGUCAAGAAGGAAGGCAAGGUGACUCGGGGUAAAGGAAGUGCUAAGGCUGAUGCUAUCUUAUCCUUGAAGGACAAUGACUUUGUUGAUUUGGCUACUGGUAAACUGAAUGGACAAAAGGCAUAUAUGAGUGGUAAGCUCAAGAUUAAGGGACAAAUUAUGCUUGCUAUGAAGCUGGAUAACGUCUUCAAGAGCAUCAACCCUACUGCCAAGCUUUAAACCUUGCAGGCUCAAGCACAUCAAUAUACACUUUAUAUCAUUUCACCCAUUACUCCCGACCUCUGAUUGAUAUUCAAUGCAAGAAAAAAAGGGGUUUGCUACUCAUCUCAUCUUGACAUUAAUUGAUUGACACCAUCAAUUUUUAAGGUUAAUAAACCGCUAUGCUACUUAUACAAU